GAAAAGGGCUUCGAUUGGCUCCUGUUUGGCAAGACCAGCUUCUUUGCUUGCUUGAACUUCGUCGAUUUUGUCACGGACAUCCUGGUCCUGCUUCAGUUCAGCUGCCUCUUUGGUUCCCCACUCCGAACAGACUGUGCGCCUGGUCAGCUCUCCUCCAACAUCACCUCGGUGGGCACAGAAGAUGAAGGGACAUGCCAGGUGCAUCCCUGGUGGCUUGCCAUCAGCGCCACGAUUCUUCUUUGCUCCUCGGUGGGCUCGGCUGGUAUGUACAGCAAGAAGAGGCGCGAAGGCAUUGAUGUCGAAGUAAAAAGCAUCGCGGUGGCCAUCAGCUUCCUCGUUGCGUUCUUCCAGCUUGCACCUUUCAUGGAUUUGGUUCAGAUGUGGCGGCAUGGCAGUAGGUUCAUGGAUGAUGACAAGAAGCAGCAUAUACUUCAGAGGGACAUGGUCAUCAAGUUGGUGGAGUCAGCUCCGCAAGCUUUUUUCCAAGCAUAUGUGAUCUUUGCCUUGGAAGCCCAUGGUCAACCAUUACGCGUCUUUUCGCUUGCCAUCUCCAUUGCCAGCCUUUCUCUGUCACUCGUUGUUUCUCUACCAGAACUCACAAGUGCACGUGAGAUGUUUUCGAGUAAGCCUCAUGGUGAUGGCCAAGAAUUUGACCCUUCUUGUGGGGAAAGCGUUGAGGAGGAUGGGGAAUCAAGUGCUUUGUUCGCUGAGAAGUCACGACGUACGACGAUGGUUCAAGCGGUUGCUAUGGAAACAAAGGCUCGGAUGUCGGAGAGAAAGAGCACCUCGCAAAAAUCACGCUCCACCAAGCAUGUUGGUGAGAUGGAGCAUGGUGCUCCCGCAGCAGAUGUGAUCGGAUCGCCUCUGGAGCACAGACGCGCAGAUGCCGAGCACGACGAGGAGUCGGGCUGCCAACUUCCUCAACAGCAAGGGCCCGCUCCUCCCAAAGUUGUUGUGGGUUCUGCGCUCCAUGAGUCUAUGCUUGGCAAGCUGAUCUUCUGGGCCUACUUGGCCUCGGACACACUCCUACGAUCCGGCGGCUACGCUGUGGUCCUUUCCCACGCGCUCAGGCCUGUUGGAGUUCCCCUGGCAACUUUCUUUGCCUUGUUCCAACUUGCCUUGGGCUUUUGGGAUACAUUCACGAUGGCGGUUGAGAUGGUAUGGAUCGCUAUGAAGCACAUGUGGUACGUCAUGAAAGCAGAGGCCACAGAGUUCAUCUCGUUAGUGUCCGACCUACUUGGCGAAGGAGUCGCUCCGCCCAUCCAGGAUUCUGACGGCCCACAAGAUUGGGAUGUGGCAUGUGCAAUGCUAUGCCUGCCAUGUCUCCCUUGCUUGAAGAGGAUCCUGAAGUUGGGCUACAUUUUGAUUGCCGCGCCCAUUGGUCUGACCAUCGUUGUGGUGAUUGGUGGAUUGCUCUUAACACUCAUCUUGGUUGCUGCAUCGCCAGCCAUAGCUGUCAUUGCGACUCUACUGGCCUUGGCCAUUGGAAGCUUCGCCAUUGCCAUGACCGCAGUUCCUGUGGUGGUGACGUUCCCAAGGCCACGUAAGCAUAAGGCAGCCUUUGUGACUGUGAGGACUGGGGAGUACCUGUGUUUCGGCUUCGUCCUGGCUAUGUUUGGGCAGACCGUCUGCGGAGAAGAGAUGUUCUGGGAGACCAGGAUCUUCUUCCUUGCGCUGGGGAUCAAUGUGAUGGCGCUGCUCACAUUCGUGGCCUUGCAUUACUGCCUCAAGCCCAUCGUUGCAUGGGAGUCUGUUUUCAGUGACAGGUUGAAGGCUGUUGCAAAGAGCAGUUGUUGCCAAAGCCUAUGGGCCGUGAUCCGGUGCUGCAAAGGCAAGCCGGCUCUUCUUGCUUCAGAGUAG